UCCUGGCUGCGUGACUCUGAAGAGGAGGCUGCUGAAGGGGAGCAGGAGGUAGAGGAGGAGGAGGAGGAGCCGGCAGAGGAAGAGGUCACACAGGAGGAAGACGAAGCUGCUGCAGAGGAAGAGGCAAACGAAGAACAAGAUGGAGAAGGGGGAGCAGAGGACGGAGAAGAGGAGGAGGCCAAACCAAAAUUCAAGCCAUUCAUCAUGCCGAACCUCAUCCCUCCUAAGAUCCCAGAUGGAGAGAAGGUGGAUUUUGAUGACAUACAUCGGAAGAGAAUGGAAAAAGACCUGAUGGAGCUGCAGACUUUGAUCGAGGUUCACUUUGAGAGCAGAAAGAAGGAAGAAGAGGAGCUCAUUAAUCUUAAAGACAGAAUUGACAAGCGUCGUUCUGAGCGAGCGGAGCAGCAACGAAUCCGCAGUGAGCGAGAGAAAGAGCGUCAAAAGCGCCUUGAGGAGGAGAGAGCUCGUAAAGAGGAGGAGGAGGCCAAGAAGAGGGCAGAGGACGAUGCAAAGAAGAAGAAAACUCUGACCAGCCUCCACUUUGGAGGGUACAUGCAAAAGUUGACAGAGAAAAGGAGUGGUAAGAGGCAGACAGAGAGAGAGAAGAAGAAGAAGAUCCUGAGCGAAAGACGCAAAUCUCUGGACAUCGAGAAUUUGAGUCAGGAAAGACUGAAGGAGAAAGCUAAGGAACUGUGGGAGUGGAUGUACCAGCUGGAGGCAGAGAAGUUUGAAUUGCAGUACCAGCUCACCAGUCAGAAAUAUGAGAUAAAUGUGCUGAGAAACCGUGUGAGCGACCAUCAGAAAACGUAA